AUGACAAAACUCCUUCUAGCAACAAACACCGAGUUCGGCCAGGCAAACGUCUUUCUUGCCGUCUGCCACGCCCUGCAGCAACUCGACCCAGAUAUAGAGCUGCACAUUACGUCCUUCGCACCCUUAGCGAAGCACAUUGAAAACGCAUCGAACUUCUCCAUCCGCACCGCCAGACAAACGCAUGGCCCUGAAAUCAACCCGCGACCAUGGAUCUUUCACCCGCUACAUGGUACUACCAUGGUUCAAGCGCUGUGGAACAUCAAUGGCAACAGUAUCCCCCCAGGAUUGGUGGCGCGGCCGGGGUUUAGCACGUGUAGGAAGAUCAUGGCUACGGGGAUGACGGUGUUGUUGCCGUGGAAGCCGGAAGAGUUCGUUGAGACGUAUAAGGAAUUGGAAGGGGUUGUGAAAGAGGUUGGGGCGGAUUUGGUGGUUGUGGAUUGUCUCUUUUCACAUGGGUUGACGGUGUGUCAGAAGUUGGGCGUUAAGUAUUUGGUGUUGUCGCCGAAUACGUUGAAGGAGUUUGCGGCGUUUAAGCAGCCUUGGGCCGCGGUUGUGUGGAAGUAUCCGACUAUGUGCUCCGGCAUUCCAUUCCCCGUACCGUGGUACUUGAUAUCACUCAACGUUCUCUACUUCACCCUCCAGAUGGUCUAUGCUGUCCUCGAUACCAGAACUCGCGCGCUUAAAGCUCAUGUCAAGAAAAUACUUGGGUUCUCGGUUGGGCUUGGAUCAAAAAUUCACGCCCUUCUUGGGAAGGAGCUGGAUGACGACCGAGUCCGGAUCAUUGACUGGAUCAAGCCCCAGCCAAUUGCCGUUCUCCAGACAGGGGCUGUGGUUGUCUCGGUCAACCAUGGAGGGGCUAACUCAUAUAACGAUGCCAUAAUAUCCGGAGUUCCCCAGGUUACUCUUCCUACCUGGCUUGACUGCUACGACUUUGCCAACCGGGUCGAGUACCUGGGUAUCGGUCGUUGGGGUAGCAGGACAGCCGCACCAUCAUGCGCAUCCGAUGAACUUGGACCUGUCCUCCUUGACGUGGUUCUAGGGGAGAGGGCUGAGUCGUACAGAAGGAAGGCACAGGAAAUCGCGGCGUUGUGUGCAAAGACGCCGGGAUCUUUCGUUGCUGCCUGCGCUAUCCUGGGGGAAGUCGGGGAACAAAAGGACUCGUUUCUGGCCCAGCGCCAUGGCGCAGACCGGAUCCGGGGUCGAGUUCGGGCUCGAAAUGCUGCCAAGGCGUCGAGAGACAUGCGCUUCCCGGACAUUGAGGAGGGUAUCCGAGUUGUCCCGACGACAAUGGCUCUCUUGAAGUGGCUCACCACUCUGACAUUUGCCAGCUCUCUAGCCUUGGGCUCACCAGCGGCCCGUCAGGAGACCACAGACAUCGCUGAUGAAUGGGUCUCUGAACUCAUCGCUAACCUCACCGAGGUCGACUCUAGUCUCAAACGCCGGGGCCUCCUUGGGUGCUCCUACAACAACCGUAACUUGGUUGUCGACCUUGGCUACGCCAAAUAUAGGGCUCAUACAAUGCCGCUACGGGUAUCAACUCCUGGAAAGGGUAAGAGAUCAUUCACCAUUCAUGAGAACAGUGCCCAGGUGCUGACCCUAGAAAGCAUUCGCUAUGCUGCCCCUCCGACGGGGAACAAGAGGUGGCAGCCUCCUUUUCCCCCUGCUUACCAGGGAAGCACACCAAUCGAUGCGUCACAGUUCGGUGCUGUGUGCCCCCAGUUCAUGCCCUCGAUUCCAGGAAGCCAGCCUAUUCCCGGCGGUGAUGAGGACUGCCUCUUUCUAAACGUCUAUGCCCCGCCUAAUGCACGAAACCUCCCUGUCCUGGUCUACAUCCACGAAGGGGGUUACGGCUUUGGUGACGGCACACGUGAUCUGAGUGACUUCAUCAACGCCAACGAGAAAGGGGUCAUUGGCGUUACCAUUCAGUACCGUCUCGGCGCUUUCGGCUGGCUUUCAUCUGCUGAAGUCAAGCAGAAGGGUGUUGUGAACGCCGGCAUGCUUGAUCAGGCCUUUGCUCUAGCCUGGAUCAAGACUCAUAUCUGUAAAUUUGGCGGCGACCCGACCAAGAUCACCAUUUCGGGCGAGUCGGCCAGCGGCGGUUCGGUCAUGUACCACACGAUGGCCGUCGGCGGCAACCUGGGCACCCUCCUCUUCAACCAGGGCAUUGCUGCUUCUCCCUACCUUCCGUUCCAGUACAAGUACGACGACCCUGAGCCGACUAGCAAGUACUACGCCUUCUCCGCCGCUGCCGGCUGCCCAUCGAGCGGCAACGUCUUCAAUUGCCUUGUCAGCAAGGACUCGGAGACUCUGAAGCUGGCCAGCUUCAACGUCACCCAGUCAUCGACCUAUGGCUACUGGGGCUUCUGGCCUGUGACGGACAACGUCUACAUCCAGAAGCGUCCUAGCCAGCAGCUGCCUUCCAAGAAAGUCAACGGCAAGAAGCUUCUCGUCGGCCACAACGCCAACGAGGGCGGCUUGUUCGUUCCACCCUCCAUCACAACCGAGAGCGACCUGAUCUUCUGGCUCCAGCAGCAGUUCCCGAACCUGAGCACCGCUCAGCUCAACACCAUCCUGGCAGCCAAUCCGAACAGCGCCAACACUGAUCCCAGCGGCCCUCACUUCGAGACCAAUGGUCUGACGGGCCCUACCGCCGUCGAAGUCGCCCAGGACGCCAACGGCCAGCAGCAGCGCGGCAACAACAUCUACGCUGAGCAAGUCUUCGUUUGCCCUGCCUACUGGAUGGCUGAUUCCUUCGUCAACCCGUCCAAGGGCCAGUCCUCCUGGCUGUACCAGUACAGCGUGCCCUACGCCUACCACUCCUCGGAUAUUUCCGCCUACUUCGGUCCCCCGACCACCAACCAGCCGGCUGACUUCAUCCUGGCCUUCCGUCGUAUCUGGGGCAACUUUGUGCGCACCGGCAACCCAUCCAUCAGCGCCGAGAUCGCCAAUGGUGCUAGCUCGCCGAAUCCGAGCGCGCCGCACCCGGCUACCAACUGGCCUGUCUGGUCGAAUAGCAACCCCCAGCUGCUAAACCUGAAUACGACGGGCGGCACUCCAUAUCAGGAGCAGCUGAUGUGGGGUCCGUUCGUCACCCAAUUCCAGGAUGCGUUGAAUGAUAUCAGCCUUGCGCCGGCCGAUGUGUGGGAGGGUGGUCGUCGGUCACGGAGCAUGGGAAUGUUGCAUGCGAGAUCUGGCGCGAGCUCGGACACCUUUGAUGGCAAUUGCGAUCGUGAAAAGGAAUCUCGGUCAUGCAAUCCGGAGAAGGAGGAUGUCCAUGAGGAAGAUUCUGAGUAUAAAAUCGCGCAUAACACCAAACGACACUCUGAUCUUCGAGCAGACCAAAUACCCAGCCUGCACAAACUAAGAAACCCCACAAUGGCCACUGUCACUCGCCUCCUAACCGUCUUCCGCUCCGGCCUUGCCACACUAGACCACAUCCUCACCGUAGCCGAGGAGCACGCCCGCUCGAAGGGCCUCGACCCCGACGCCGAGUACCCCAACGCGAGGCUCAUUGAGGACAUGCUGCCCCUCACCUUUCAAGUCCAGAAUGCGACCAAGACAGUGCGCGUCACGCUCGGCCGGAUCGAGGGAAAGGAAUAUGAGGCGUGGGAGGACAACGAGAAGACGAUUUCUGAUCUGAAGGCACGCGUGCAGAAGGCGAGAAAGUUGGUUGAGGGGACGUUGGCAAGGCAGGAGGAGGUUGAUAAGCGCGCUGAGGAGGCUGUUGAUCUGGCCCUUGGACCGAAUGUUCUCAAGACUACAGCCGUUGAGUCGCUGUUCCAGCACAGCAUUCCGAACUUCUUCUUCCACCUCAACAUUGCGUAUGCCAUUCUCAGGCAUAAGGGGGUGCCAAUUGGGAAGAGAGAUUACAUCUUGAGCUUUGUUCAGGUGGCAUAA